CCUCCGGAAGUGCCUCCUCUUCUUUCCAAGGCCUUGGAAGGAACUUUUCCUGCCCCUCUCCCGGAGGGCUGAGGAAUGGGCAGAGGGCUCCCAGACCAGUCCUUAGGGGACACUCCGAGUGCCAGGCCAGGGCUCAGUGCCAGUGGUAGGAGGGGCUGGAGUCAGGAGAGGUGGGGCAGGAGGAGUUGCUGACCCACCAUCUCAUUGUUAGAGCUGUGGAAGGCAGGUCUUCUGGGCCCCCACCUUCGAGCCCAGCCCAGCAGGAGUUUCUGCCUCAGAGGCCCGAGAGUAGCUUCUGAUACUGGGAGCAGAGGAGAGAAUAAGCAAGGAAUUCUGCCUGCCAGGACGAGACAGACUCCAGGCAUGGACACCCCUAAACUGGUCUUGCUAUGUCUGCUUAUGGCUACAGAACCGGUCACCUGUCAACGACAUCAAGGUCUGGGGAGUCUGGAGCCAUGGAUGCAGGGCUUGAUCGCUGUAGCUGUAUUUCUGGCCCUUGUGGCCAUUGCUUUUGCUGUUAAUCACUUCUGGUGCCAAGAUGAUCCGGAGCCUGUGACGUCGGUCAUGUCGGUUGGAGGCAAAUCAGAAGGGAACUUGGCAGGGAUGGAUGGAAGGUAUUCGCCGAUGGCUUUGAGCUUCAGGUCCACUGAACACAAAAAUGCCUACGAGAAUGAGAACGUGAUGGAGGAAAUCCCAGGAGUCCGUAGCACCCCCAUGUGACCUUCCCAACACAUCUCCUCCCCCCUCUCCCCUCCCUUCCUGGACAGACUCCACCAUCUCCAAAGGUUCCCUGGGUGCUUCUUGAAGAGGUGGCCACUGCUCCAUUCUCAAAUAUUGCAUAGUUUUUGUGCUUUAUCUGUAAUCAUGAGUCACCCUCCCUCUAAGCCAUUCACACCCUCUCACCCCGUCUCCUUUGUCAGGGUUCAGUUUGGGGCCAAGGCCAGGCCUCAGGUUGGGACUGGGCUUAGGGAUCAGUCUGGAGCUUGGGAAUAGGACACAGCUUGGCCCACACACAGCUGUUCUGGGCUGGGGUCCUUUCAGGACUUUGGUCUCUGCAGCGCUGAGCUCUGGUCAAGUGCGGUUCAAUUUGAUUCCAAAUAAUAAUGACCCUUCCUUUGA